AGCUGGAAGCCACGCUCUUACUGCAGUGCACAUGGUGAUGAUAUAGGAACUUGAGCUACUGGUGUCUGAUCUGUAAUUUGGGGACUGAGGCUCAUCUGACAACUAUGGGGGGACAGGCUAAGAGCAAAAAGAGCAAUAAACCUCGGAGAAAGCAGAAAAGAGCAGGGGCACACGAUCUGUCUGGUUUAUCAACACAUGAUAGAAUGAAAAUCAAGAUAAUGGAAAAAGAAAAGAAAAAGACAGCUGACAAAUAUACAACUGAACAACUAUUAGAAAAGACUCAAGAGUGCCUGGAUAAUUUUAACUUUGAGCUGGCUCAGAUGUUUUGCCAACGCGCUUUGGAUAUGGAACCAAACAACUUGGAAAUAUUAGACAUGAUGGGAAAUAUCUGUAUGGAAUUGGGAAAUAUUGAGAAAGCAAAACAAGUUUUCUUGAAAGCUGUUGAGCUUAGUCCUGACAAAGGCCAUGCCAAGUAUAUGUAUCUUGGACAGAUUCAUUGCAAAGAGGAAUCCUUACAGUAUUUCAGCAAAGGAAUAGAAGUCAUGAUCAGUGCUUUUCAAAUACAACCACAAGCAGCUGGGGCAGCCAGGCUCCCAGAGGAAAUUGAAGUUACUACAAAGGACAUAUCAACAGCUUUUUGCUCAGUUGCUGAAAUUUACUUUACUGAUCUUUGCAUGGAAGAAGGUGCAAGUGACAAAUGCAAAGAGGCCAUACAAAAAGCUUUAGAGUAUGAACCAAACAGCCCAGAGGCUCUACAGCUGAUGGCAAGCUAUCUCUUCAGCAUGGAGCAGCCACAGGAAGGGAAGGACUAUCUGCUGAAGAGUGUAGCUCAGUGGUUGCCAAGUCUGCAAAAAAAGGAAGAAGAGUUACUGGAUCAAGACCAGGCUAUCCCAGAAUUGCUAGAAACUGCUUUGCCGCCUUAUGAAUCCAGAAUCACUACUGCCAAGCUGUUGAUCGAAGCUGAAAGUUUUGAGCUUGCCGCUGAAAUACUAGAAGGUCUCCUGGAAGAAGAUGAUGAAGUUAUUCAAGUAUGGUAUCUGUUGGGAUGGGUAUGUUAUCUUCAAGCUAAGGCACCUGAUGAGGAGGAAGCUUUCAAGGACUCUGCCAGGACGUAUCUAAGAAAAGCCAAAAAGCUCUACAACAAAUUGAAAUGUGAUGAUUCUGAACUUCUGGAACAUGUUGAACAACUACUAAGUGAGUUGGGUAUUGAUGAAGAUUCGGAAGAUUCUGAUAAAGAAGCUGCUGAACUUGAAACUUUUGAAGAUGAUUUUGUGGAAAGUAGUGAGGAUGAAGCUAUGGAGGCCUGAAUGAGUUUGUUUUUGGCUUACUAAUUUAUGAGUCAUAUUAAAUCACGCCAAUAUCAAUCGUUAGUUUGUUCUUGAUUCUCAUUAAGAAAUAUGAUUCUAUUAACCUAAUAAAAAAUGUUUUCUUCUGUAUUUUGUAAUUCAAGUUGAGAUUUAUCAUUGGCAUAUUUUCCUUUCCUAAUGGUUUAUAAAUAAAGAAUUUACUCGUUUUAAAAUUA